AUGAUGGUAAAUGUAUUCCGCAAAACACCACAUACGUGUAACGAAGGACAUAUGAGAUGUUCUUUGACUGGACGCUGUCUUCCACUGAGGUAUAAAUGCGAUUUGGAAUUUGAUUGUGGCGUUAAUGACGACGGUUUAUUGGAUACCAGCGACGAAGAUCCUACUGUUUGUAAUACAACUCGGGUGUGCCCAGCCGGUGAACAUAUGUGUGCUUCUGGAGGACAGUGCGUGCAUUUAUCGAAAUUUUGUAAUGGUUAUCGCGACUGCGCCGACGGAUCUGAUGAACAUGCGAAAUGCGGUGUGCCUCCAUCAGCAAAUGAUAUCGCUUGUAAAUAUGGUGGUUCAAUGACACUCGAGAGAGGCUUGCAGUGCUAUUGCCCAGUUGGUCAGCAGGCUCGAGGGAGCGAAUGUGAAGAUGAAGAUGAGUGUGCACGUGUGGAAUUCGGUGGUGUUCCAGUGUGUGCUCAGAUUUGCGUGAAUUUAAUUGCGAAACGCGCUGGAGAUGAAAGGUUCCGAUGUGCAUGUUUAGCUGAGUUUGAACUUGUAAACAAUACGUGGUGCCGUUUCUCGAAAACACAUUCAUCUUACACUGAUCCAUCAGUACUUUUAUAUGGAAAGCAUCAAAUUGUGCACAAAAAACUUGACGACUUGAAGGGUGUGGCUCUUGACAGCAUUGCAGUAUCUGAUCUGCAGACAAUGGCUGUUGAUAUAAAGAAACGACGCCUUUGUUGGGUAACUUCGCGAGCAGUGAAUAUGUUAGAUGGGGUUUCCUGCAUUAAUAUUGAUAGCAAUGGAAAGUUUACACAGCCAAUCCGUAGUAUUGAAGCUGCAUUCACUGUUGAGGGUGUUAAAGCAAUGUGUUUUGAUUGGAUUGGACGUAAUUGGUAUAUGGCUGAUAAUCUGUAUUCAAGCAUUUUCGUGUGCAAUUCAGAAUUUGAUCGUUGCAUUACGUUGAACAGCGGAAAAAUUGUGAAGCCGUCAUCAAUUGCAGUCGAUUCUGCAGCUGGUUAUGCGUUCAUUACGGAUUUCGGCUCAGGAAGUGGCUUAUGGCGGAUCAACCUCGAUGGUAGUCAGUUGAUCUCUCUUGUUGAUAGCCGAAUUAUAUAUCCGCUCGGUGUUGUGGUUGACCCUUUCUCAAGGACGGUGUAUUGGGCAGACGAAUACCUGGAAUAUUUGAGUGCCAUUGACUACGAUGGAAGAUUCAAAAAACGCGAAUUGGCAGCUGGCAGUUUGGUUAAAAAUAUCGUGGGAUUGUUCCAUUUUGAGCGUUCACUUUAUGCUGCAUCCAGUACUCAGUCAUUGAUGCAAUUCGAUGUACUCACUGGCUUGGAGCAAACGCCUCAACUCUUCAGCGAUAGUCCUGGAUUGUCAAAAAUUGAAAAUAUUCUUCUCUUUCAUAGGUCCAGUCAACCAUAUACAGCACAUCCAUGCACGCAGAAUAACGGUGAUUGUGAACAUUUGUGUUUGGUUUCGUACGAAUUAUCCUGGGAUUCAGAACAGUCUCGGAACAUCACAAGAGGUGUAGCUAAAUGUGUUUGUGAAGAGGGUAAUCGUCUGGUUGACGGUAAAAGGUGUGAUGAUGCCGUUAAGAGUGAUCAGCCAUCGCUCAUUUUUGGACGUACACGACCGGGUAGUAUUGCUGCGUUGUCGAUCGCCUCAAUAACAUCUGAGGAACAUUCAUUUCCGCCCACCAAAGAGGCGAUGAAUCAGUACAAUGCAUCCUUGGUGAAGGCUGUUGGUAUGCGUCCAAUACGUAAAAUAAAGCGUUUAACAGCGUUAGCAGUUGAUGUUCACAACAAAGCAAUUUACUUCAGUGAUACGUCUAAUUUCACAAUAAAUAAACGUCAAAUGUUCGGAACGGAUAUCGAAAUGUUCAUCGAUAGCGGUAUAAGUGACUGUGAAGGGCUUGCAAUUGAUUGGGCGAGUGGCAAUAUGUAUAUUUCGGAUCGAGGUCAUCGUCGUAUAACAGUUGUGAAUAUGCAAAAACCGAAUCUGUUAAAAGUUAUCGUUGAAGGGAAUGUUUCAAAUCCACGCGGAAUGGUCGUGAAUCCACUAAAGGCCUAUUUGUUCUUCGCUGAUUGGAUGGAUGCUCCAUCAAUAAGGGGUCGAGGAGCUGGUGCUAAAAUUGAACGAACCAAAUUGGAUGGUUCAGAGCGAAAGGUUGUUGUUAGUAAUGAUAUUCAUUGGCCGAAUGGACUUGCAAUCGAUCUACAGCAUGAAUGGCUGUAUUGGUGUGAUGCAUACUACGAUCGAAUCGAAAGAAUUCACUUCAACGGCUCAGAUCGUCAAGUAAUCAUUGAUGGAACUGCAUUAAACCAUCCGUAUGGAUUAGCCAUCUAUGGCCCAUUUGUGUUUUGGAGUGAAUUUUUGGAUUCAGAAAUAAAACGAAUUCGAGUAGAUCAGAAGGGUCUUAUUGGAAAAAGCCAAAUUGUUUACAGUGAUAAGUCUUCAUUAUUCGAGUUGCACGUUUUUGAUCCGAAAUCACAUACUGAGACAACGGCAUGUUCCAAACUGAAUGGUGGUUGUGAGCAAUUUUGUUUUGCAUUUGCCUGUAGAGGUACGAUUGGAUGUGAACAAGUGAAGUGUGCUUGUGCUGAUGGCUUUCAUAUAGAUCCGAAUGAUAAAACCAAAUGCAUCAGUGAUCCAAAGAAUAGUUCUCGAUGUUUGGAUUCAGAAUUCGAAUGUUUACGCAAUAAGAAAUGUAUUGGACGUCGUUAUUUGUGCGAUGGAGAUGACGAUUGUGGUGAUGGUUCAGAUGAGGGUGAAAUAGCUUGUGCUGAUUUCGCCUGUGCAAGUUCGAGCCAAUUCAAAUGUAAAUCGAAUCAAUGUAUCGAACAAGCUUGGGUUUGUGAUGGUGAUCCUGAUUGUACGACUCUAGAUGAUGAGGAUGAAGAGCGUUGUCGAGGUUUGCCAAAAUGUAGAGGAAAAAGGUUUGAAUGUAAGAAGUCAAAGAAGUGUUUACCAUUAUCGAUGAGAUGUGAUGGUGAAUAUGAUUGUGGUGAAGGGGAUAUAUCAGAUGAGGAACUGUGUGAAGGAAUCGAGGAGAAUGAAUGCAGUCUGGGACAGUAUCGAUGUCUGACUGGCAAAUGUAUCAGUAUGUCGUAUGUUUGCGAUGGUGCCGCAGAUUGCCGUGAUGGAUCUGAUGAACGGCAUUGUCAUCAGGGUUGCUUACCAGGACUUGAGUUUCGUUGUGGUCCAGGAUUGCCGUGUUUGAGUACAAUUCUGCUUUGCGAUGGAGUGACUGAUUGCGACAAUGGGUUUGACGAAAGCAAUGAAACAUGUCCUGAACCCCCGAAGCAUCAUGAAUGCCCGUCCGUGAAUCAGUUCAAAUGCAUCGGAUCGGAUGACUGUAUUCGGAAGUCAUUUGUUUGCGAUGGUCAACGCGAUUGCUACGAUGGUUCAGAUGAAAAGCAUUGUGGCAAUCUUACCUGCAUAACAACAACUGAAUAUAUGUGUGCUGAUGAAAGUCGAUGCAUUCCCAAGAAAUUUCGUUGUGAUGGUCAUCGUGAUUGUGAUGAUGGAUCUGACGAAAGAGAUUGCGCACCCCGAAGAGUGGCAAAUGCAGAGCGUUGUCUACCGCCGUAUUUUCUGUGUUCAAAUGACCCCCACAAUACAUGUUUACCAGCAGAUGCAGUUUGCGAUCAAAUUGUUGACUGUCCAAUGGGUGAUGAUGAAGGGUUCCUCUGCGAUCAAAGAAUGUGCUCAAAUUCAGUAUGUGAACAGCUGUGUUAUGAGCGACCAAGUGGGUAUAUUUGCGCUUGUCGCGAAGGUUAUGUGCUGGCUAAUGACAGUCGAAAAUGCAUAAAAAAGGAUCCAUGUAGUUUUGGCGCGUGCAGUCAACUGUGUUGGGCGCAAGGAAGCACAAAGUAUUGCCAUUGUGAGCCUGGAUUUGAUCUGUUGGACGAUAAAUUCACAUGUGAGAGCACAGAUCCUGUGCUUCCGAGAAUGAUUUAUUCGAAUCGGCAUGAAAUUCGCCUUGCAACACUCCACUCGGACACUUCUUCGGUGCCUCUCGUAACAAAUUUGCGUAACAGCAUUGCAAUCGAUUAUUAUUUCGACAGAAAUGGUGAUAUUUGGCUGUUUUGGACUGAUAUUGCUGCUGAUAUCAUUUAUCGAGGAAAACUACAAGGACAACUUCUAACGGAAAUUAAACCGAUAGUAUCGUAUGGUAUAUGGACUGCUGAAGGUCUUGCGGUUGAUUGGCUUGGAAUGAAUGUAUAUUGGGUUGACAGUUGGCUGGACCAAAUUGAAGUAUCAAACUUUAACGGUACCGCAAGAGCAACGAUUCUUCGUGGUAAUAUGAAAAAUUUACGUGCGCUAGCACUUGAUCCCAGCAAAGGUUUAAUGUUUUGGACGGAUUGGGAAGAGUUGAAUCCCCGUAUUGAACGAGCGACAAUGGCUGGUAAUAAUAGGACAGUACUUUUUCGAGUUCUUGAAAUUGUUAAUGGUGGCUGGCCGAACGGACUAACUUGCGACUUUUCUGUGGAGCGAUUAUAUUGGAUUGAUGCAAAGUCGGAUAGUAUUCAUACGAUAACGUAUGAUGGAAAUGAUCAUCAUGAGAUUGUUCGUGAUAACGCGCAUCUCGCACAUCCGUUUGCUAUCACAGUAUUUGCUAGUCAUGUUUACUGGUCAGAUUGGAGGGUAACUGCUAUUAUUCGAGUUAGUUCUCUUAAUUUUUUUUUAAAUGAAAUAUGUGUCUUGAUAUAUAAAAAUGCGAACAAAUGGAAUGGUAGUUCAAUAAGAAUUGUUGAGGGUACUUCUAUGCAACCAUUCGACGUGAAGAUCAUUCAUAGAUCACGUCAACCACGAGGUACGAAGAAUCCUUGUGAAAAAAAUAACGGUGGUUGUUCACAUAUUUGUCUUAUCAAUUCACCAUCCACCCGUGUUUGUGCAUGUCCACAUAUGAUGCGUCUUGAGAGUACUUCGAAGAAACAGAACUGUUUUUCCAUCAAUCAAACGUUGUUAGCUGCCACAUCAACAGCAAUCUACGCGGUCGAUAUUGAUUUCCCGAAUACGGCUGUAUUUCCAGUGAUUGCUGGUAAAGAUAUACAAAAUAUCAAGGCGAUUGCUGUUGACCAUCAGCAGGCAGCGGUUUUUUGGUCAGAUGAUACCAAGAAAGCGAUUUCGAAAGUUUAUCUUAACGGAACUGGUGGUGAAGAAACGAUUAUAUGGAAAGGACUUGCCGUUGAUUCGGAAACAGGCAUUUUAUAUUUUUCCACUUAUUCCUUCGAUGGGUCAAGUGCCACAAUUUCGGUGGCCACCGUGAAUGGACAUUAUCGUCAAACACUACUCGAUAGUAGUAGGAUGAAUAAGCUGAAAAAACCACGAGGCCUCACACUGGAUAUUGUUGAAGGACGUAUGUAUUGGUUUGAUGUUGGGUAUGAGCCGUUUGCGUUAUUCACAGCAUUGAUGAACGGUGAUAAGGUUGAGAGGAUGCAAUUAGAUGACAAUCUCAAAAACAGUACAUAUAAUGCUCAUUCAUUGUCGAUUGACUUGCAACGUGGCAUUCUUUUUUGGUCACAGCCACAUCUUACUGCUAUACGGGCUGUUCAAAUUCGUGAAGGAACUCAUUUGGUUGACUGGCGUAUGAUCGAAUACAUGUCGUCUUUUCAAAACUGUAUGGUUGACGAGUUGUCGUUUCAAAAGAACGAUUCUAGUGGCAUCACACAGAUUGCGGUUGAUUCAUCCGGUUCAGAGAUAUUGUAUUAUGAUUGGAGGAAGAGAGAAAUUUAUGCACGAAUGUUCUCAGCUGAUCAUCACUUCAAGGGUCAACCUAUAGCGUUGAGGUAUGUGGACAUACUCAAGAAAAAAGGAACAUGCCCAAGAGGUGCCCAUUUUUGUCUGCGUGAUUCAUCUUCAACGCUAAAACCAUUUUGUGCAGCUGGUUAUAAAUACGUGAAAGAACGAAACGCAUGUAUAGCUUUGGAUCAGAUUGUAUUGUUCACUGAUGAAAAGAAUGGUUUGAAGGCGUUUAAUGCUGAAGAGAGUAAUAUGGAUCAACUUCAGCAUCGAUCUUUAUCAUUAUUAGCUAAAUUCAUUUCGGUUCCACCUCGAACACCCUCAAAACCCUCUUUGAUUACAGUCGAUACACGUCGUGAAUUGAUAUACGUUGUUGAUAGUGAAAAAAACGAAUUAUGGAUGUUGAAACGUAAUUCCACAGAUGCAUCACUGAUUAUGGAUGGUGGUGCGGGUGGACGAAUAAUUUCAUUGGCAGUUGAUUGGGUAACAGAUCCCACUCAGAAACUUAUUGUUGUGCAACAGACCGGUUCGGUACCAUCACAUCUACAAAUUGACGCCGGCGAAGGUUAUCUUUUCUGGCUGACAUUAUCGGGUAUAUAUAGAAGUUUUUUGGAUGGAUCAUCGUCCGUUUUGAUAUUUACACGUCACAACAUUACCGAUAUAACACUGGAUCGAUCUGCAAAACGAAUUUGUUUUGCUGACUCGAAUGCGAUCGCCAUUGAAUGUGUCGACUACAAUGGACGUCAUUUGGUUUGUUUGUUCGAAAUUGUUGCAUACCUCAACUCGAAUUGUAAUUUAAUUCCCUCAAGAGAACUGUUCAAAUUAGGUGCAACUGCUGUUGUAUCGUUGGAAUUUAGUGAAGCAGCUGUUUUCUACACUCAUCGGCAUGACGGAACGUGGGAAAUUGUGGAACGACGUUUUAUUAAUGUUGACAAUAAAUGCGCUCGAAACAACGGCGAUUGUGCACGACUGUGCUUUGCGAUUGGUUCAAACCGUGUGCGAUGUGCUUGUCCAUUUGGUCGAUUGUCGAAUGAUGCAAAGAAUUGUGAACAACACAACACAUUCAUUGCCUUCUCUCGUGGUCGUUCAAUCGAGUUCGUUUCAUGGAUCGGCGGUCGUUCAAUAAGUCAAAAUGCUGCUUUCAAACCGAUUGAAAAUCCAUCAUUAAUAAGGAACGCAGUUGCCUUAACAGUUGAUAAGGAACGAUCGCGGUUGAUCUUCAGUGAUAUUCAUUUGAAGAAAAUUCAGUCAGUUUUGUUUGACGGAUCUUCACCGAUCACAAUUCUGGAAAAUGUUGGUUCGGUUGAAGGACUUGCAUUCGACUUUUACCAUCGUGAUCUUUAUUUCACAUCGCUCAAUGAACAUGCGAUUAUGCGUGUCUCACUCGCUGAACUUGAUCCAUCAGCAUAUCCCAAAAUUCCGAUCGUUUUGUUACGUCUUUCCAAAUCGGAUAACCCGCGAGGGAUUGCUGUUGAUCCAUGUCUAAUGACAAUAUUUUUUACGAAUUGGAGGGAUGAUAAUCCAAGUAUAGAGAAAGCUUUCUUCAGCGGUUAUGGAAGAGUUCGUUUAUUCAGUUAUUUUUUUAUUGAUCAAAACAUUACUUUUACAGAGAAGGUGAUCAGUGAAGGUAUUCGAACUCCGAAUGCAAUUUCGAUUGAUUUCGUUGCUCGAAAAUUGUAUUGGUCGGAUGCAAGAUUGGAUAAAAUCGAACGAUGUGACAUGGAUGGCAAGCACAGAGAGGUAAUAAUGAAAGGAAAUGACUCGUCUACAAUUGGGCAUCCUGCUCAUCCGUUUGGAUUAUCCUUAUUGGGAAAUACACUGUUCUUUACUGAUUGGAUCCAUCGUGCUGUUAUUGCUGUGAACAAGUUGACUGGUGGUGAAACACGAGCAUUGCGUGCAAAUAUCACCGAACAACCGAUGGGUAUCGUUGCAGUGGACAGCUUAGCCGAUCAAUGUGGACUUGAUGCGUGUUCAACGACUGAUCUAGGAUGUGAGGAUGAAUGCAGACUAACUGCCACUGGCAAGCCACAUUGUGCUUGCAAUGCAGAUAGACGUUUGAAUGCCGAUAAUAAAACUUGUAGUGGAGAAUAUCAAUCUGUAUGCACUGUCAACGAAUGGGCCUGCAAUGGCGGGAGUAAAUGUAUACCGUACGAAGAAACUUGUGAUAUGGUCAAAGACUGUCCUCAAGGAGAAGAUGAGGAUGUGGAAUUUUGUGCUCGUCGAAUCUGUCGUGAUGGUUAUUUCUCAUGUGGUAAUGGUGUUUGUAUCCGAUCAUCAAAAAAGUGCGAUAAAGUAAAUGAUUGCAAGAACUAUCAAGAUGAAGUGGACUGUGAUUGUGCUCAAGAUGAAUUCAAUGAAGUCAAAGCACUUGGACAAAAUAUGAUCAGUUGUGGACGUACAACGCAGUGCAUCAUCCCAGCAUGGUUAUGUGACGGUAAUGAUGACUGUUGGGAUGGUUGGGACGAAGAGAAGUGUCCUACUUUUCAUAAAGCAAUAAGUGUACAACGUUCAAAGAUUGAUAACUGUAGCAAAUAUGAGCAUCGAUGUAAUUCAACGGGUACAUGCGUUCCGCUUGCAUGGGUUUGUGAUGGGCAUCGUGAUUGUGCGGAUGCAUCAGAUGAGGAUAACUGUCGUAAAACUUGUGAUGACGACCUAGAACAUACGUGCACAUCCACUGGGAAAUGUCUCGAUAAACGAUGGAAAUGUGAUGGUAACGAUGACUGUGGGGAUGGAAGCGAUGAAAAGAACUGCGAGGGGUUAUGCGAUGAAAAGAAUUAUUUUAUGUGUGCGAAUGGAAAUUGUAUACCACUGGAAUGGCACUGUGAUGGAACUGACGACUGCAUGGAUGGUGAGAAGAAUGGUUUAAGUUCUGAUGAGAAAGAAUGUGACGACUCACUAAUGACAGUGUUACGAUCGUGUAAAGAAAGUGAAUUCCGUUGCAAUGCAACUGUACACGGCUCGAUACAAUGCAUUCCGAGAAGACAUUAUUGUGAUGGUCAAAAGGACUGUGAUGACGGAAGCGAUGAGCCGUUGAGUUGUGAUCAUCAUGCUAAUCACCGUUCGCAACAAUUUGAAUGUGAGCAAUGGCAAUUCCGAUGUGCGAUAAGCGGUGAAUGCAUCAUUCGGAAUUGGACAUGCAACGGUAUUGAAGAUUGUUCAGAUGGAACGGAUGAAGCACCCGAAUUAUGCUUAGAUGCAUCGCGGGGCGGUUGUGGUGCGAUGAUGUUUCAGUGUGCAAAUGGUGUUUGUAUCGAUGCCACUCUUGUCUGUAAUUCAAAGAAUGAUUGUGGUGAUAAUUCGGAUGAACCCCUCACUUGUCGUGUUGAUGAAUGUACGGAUGAGCCAUGCGAAGAGAUCUGCGUUAACCUUCCGAUAUCGUAUCGGUGUGAAUGCACUCCACCAAGGGUGAUAAGCAAGCACGAUAAUCGUUCUUGUAUUUUGCAUGAUCAAUGUGACGAUUUUCCAUGUUCACAGCAUUGUCUAAGUAAAGGUGGUAAUAGCUUUGAAUGUGCAUGUGAUCCAGGCUACAAGUUAGCCCCUGAUCGACAAACAUGUCGUCACAGCGAUUCGAUAGAUCCAGAAAUUUUGUUGAUCAAUCGUCAUUAUAUACGUUUGUUCUCUGUAACUGGUACUCCAAAAGGUGCGUUAUUAUCGAAUCUUUCAAACGGUGUUGCGGUCGAUUAUGAUUUCAUGUCUCAGUUAGUUUAUUGGACUGAUGUGACACAUACAGCCAGCAGUAUCGGAUAUACAUCGCUUAGUAAGCAAAAUGGUACCUUCAAGGUACUAUCGGGUUUAUUCGGUGGUAGUCCUGAUGGGCUUGCCGUUGAUUGGCUUGCGAGGAACAUCUAUUGGUGUGAUAAGGAUGGUGAUAGUAUUUCGGUUGCCAAUAUGAAAGGUCUUUAUCGUCACAUUCUUCUAAAAGGUGAACCGCUACAAGAGCCGAGAGCAAUUGUGCUAGAUGCGAUGGCAGCCGUUUUGUUUUGGUCCGAUUGGGGUGAACGUCCUCAUAUUGGUCGUAUGGAUAUGGAUGGUAAGAAUCGUAAUCUUAUAAUCAACACAUCACUUAAAUGGCCUAAUGCGCUCGCUGUCGAUACCACAACAAAGCGUCUUUUCUGGGGCGAUGGUCAUCUCGAUUAUAUUGGCUCAUCUGAUUAUUAUGGUCAGAACAGACGUACUGUGAUCACCAAAUCAGUCAAACAUAUUUUUGGAUUGGCUGUAUUCGAAGACUUUCUUUAUUGGACUGAUUGGACAAAUCGCACUGUGGAACGAGCCCAUAAAGUGAAUGGUGAACUGCGUACAGUUAUAUUGAAUUUCACACACUACAGACCGAUGGGCAUUAAGAUAGUGCAUCCGCUGCUGCAAAUGGCUGUUGACGGGCAGCAUUUAUCACACCCAUGCCGUAAAGCAAAUCAGUGUGACAACAUAUGUCUGGCUUCAACAAGUCAGCAGCAGUUCACCUGUGUGUGUGCACAAGGAUUUCGUGCUGAGGGCAGCAAGUGCAUACCGGACUGUAAACCGACUGACUUCAUCUGUCAUAACACAUUCAAAUGUCUUCCGUUCUGGUGGGUCUGUGAUGGACAAGACGAUUGCGGAGAUAUGGAAGAUGAACGAUUUGGUAUCAAAGGAGCAUGUCCGGAAUUCAAGUGCGAAUUGGGUCAGAUGUCUUGUGAAAUGGAGUCUGAAAAUGCUACAGCAGUUUGUAUUGGACCACAAGAUAUAUGCAAUGGUAAAGUGAACUGUCCGCUCGGAGAUGACGAAAGAACGGAAUUAUGCAGUUCGUAUCAGUGUAGCGAUGAGCAGUUCAAAUGCUCGAAUACUUCGAGAUGUAUUCCGAAAGCGGCUCUUUGUGAUGGUAUUGAUGACUGUGGUAAUGGCGCUGAUGAACGAUUUUGCGAUCGAAAAAAAUGUGGUCUGGGUCGAUUUAGAUGUGAUGAGAACAUUUGCAUUCCGACGAUAAAUCUCUGCGAUGGUCAUGCAGACUGUGCAAAUGCGCUUGAUGAGGACCAAACGAUGUGUUCGCAACGCGUUUGUCUUGAGAAUGAAUUCAGAUGCAAAUCGGGUCGUUGCAUUCCAUCUGGUUGGAAAUGUGAUGGCCGAAAUGAUUGUAAUGAUGGAGAUGAUGAAAAAGAUUGUCCACUUGGUUGCGAGUCUGAUCAAUUCUCGUGCAAAAGUAAUGGAAGAUGUAUUGCUAAAUCGUGGGUCUGUGAUGGUGAACGUGAUUGUGAUGAUGGUUCGGAUGAAGUGGAUUGUGCUGAUUCAGUGAUAACGUCAGAUUGUAGUGAUGGUAAUUUUCGGUGUGCUGAUGGUAGUGGAUGUUUGAGGAUGUCACAAAAGUGCGAUGGUCACCGGGAUUGUGCUGAUUUUAGUGAUGAAAUUGGAUGUCAUUCAUGUGCGAAAGGAACGUUCGCAUGCGGAUUACCAUCUUCAAAAUGUAUCUCACAAAAUCAAGUAUGUGAUCGCGUUAUUGAUUGUGAGGAUGCAUCAGACGAAAUUUAUUGCUCGUGUUUCUCGAAUAUGGAACAUGGAUUCACUUCGUUCCGAUGUUUCAAUGGAAAUGCAACGAAAGGCUCAACGCUUUAUUGCAUCCAAAGAAGUAUGGUUUGUGAUGGUACACCGCAAUGUCCGAAUGGACAUGAUGAAGAUGCUCGCGUUUGUGCACUGCAUGACUGUGGCGAUAAUCACCUGAAAUGUUCAAACGAUCGUUGCUAUCCGCAAGCUGGAUUCUGUGACGGUGUAUCGGAUUGUGAGGAUGAUUCCGAUGAAAACAAUGCUGCUUGCAAUAAAAGUUGUCGUAGUUCAUUUCGUUGUGCUACAACCGGUCGGUGUAUACCAUAUGCGAAACAAUGCGAUGGUUAUGAUGAUUGUGGUGAUGGAAGCGAUGAAUUCAAUUGUGACGUAACAAAUCUCUGUGAUCAGUUUGGAACAUGUGUUCAAGAAUGUCUUCCAAAAAGACCGCUCAUCAAAUGUGCAUGUGCUCCGGGAUAUGUUCGCGAAUAUUGGAAUCGUGAUCAGUGUAAAGCAGCUGGUGUAAAAAAUGCAGAAGUUGGGAUAAUGGACUCACGAAUAAUGCAUUCGUUCGCACAUACACAUAACGUGAGCAACAUUCGUGUGAAGACUAAUGAAUUGCAACGAACAAUCACUGAUUUCGACUAUGCUCUUGAUGUCUCAUCCUCGAACGAUCCUACAAAACAAAACCUGCUAUACUUUUGGGUUGAUACCGCGCAUGAAACGGUGCAGUCAGGAACAUUGUCAGAAAUGUUGCGCAUUAAAUCAUCAAAUGUGAAACGUGCCUCCCCACAAUUAUCGGUGAUGCGAUUUCAUAGAGCGACUUCGGUUUGUGUCGAUUGGAUCAAUCGCAAUGUUUAUCACGUCCAUUCUGCCUUCAUUUUUGGCAUUGAUGGAGCAGUUAUAUCUGUGACUCCGAUAUCUGAAGUUAGAAACAAUGGUGCAAGUAUUCCGAUUGUAUGGGGCAAUUUGUUGAGAGUAACGGCCGUUGUUGUUGCACCAAAUCGGCUACGAUUAUUUUGGAGUGUUCAAGAGCCCUAUGCUGCAAUUGAAACGUCUAAUUUGGAUGGCACUGAGAGGCAUACGAUCGCUCUUAAUGCUAUUUACUCUCCUAGCAGUCUUAGUGUUGAUGAACCCAAUAAUCGACUUUAUUGGAGCGAUGUCGAGAAGGGAACUAUCGAAACAAUUACGUUGACGGGUAAAGAUAGACGUAUUGUAAAGAAAUAUGGUUAUCAGAGUGGAAUUUUGCAUGAUCGACCGCUUAGCGUAGAUGUAUUCGAGGAUAGUCUUUAUGUGAUUGGUUCACCGAAAGGUUCGGUAUGGCAGCUGCAUAAGUUCGGCAAACAACCGGAGCGUUCAAUCAGCGGUCUAACAAUCAGCUCACCGAUCGCACGUAUACACAUCAUUCAUCCAGCGAAAAGAUAUGCGUUACAUUCGGCAUGUUCGAUCAAUUCUUCUCUUAGUGAUGCACCCAAAUGUGGACGUCGACCGUGCAUUCCGAAUGCCAUGGACCCGUCAACUUACUCAUGUUUGUGUAUUCAUGGUGCUGUUUAUGAUACGCAAACUAAAAGUUGCGUUCAGUUAAAGAAAGACGAAAAAAUGUCGAAACCAUGUGGCUCGCAAUUCUGUCUUAAUGGUGGUGUAUGUGAUUCAACGGGACAUCGAUGUAUAUGUCCUAAAGGAAUUCGAGGCGAGCGUUGUGAGACAGACGUUUGCCAUAAUUAUUGCCUUAAUGGAGGAAACUGUACUCUCAUUUAUGACACUUAUGCCAUGUAUGCAGAUCCAGAUUGCAGUUGUCCGAUUCAGUACACAGGUAAACGUUGUCAACUCUACAAGUGUACGGGUCGGUGCGGUGCGAAUGGAGUUUGUAUAAUAUCACAAACAACGGGACUUCCUAGUUGUGAAUGUGACCCUGGCUAUACAGGUGCUGAGUGUGAGCGACGAAUCGACGCCUGUAAAUCAUUUUGUUUCAAUGGAGGAAAUUGCUCGUAUGCCGAGGAUAUGAGUCCCUUCUGCAAAUGUCCUCGAGAGUUUAUGGGAAGACGAUGUGAGAACUGUGUUCUCGAGAAUGGGGGAAUGCAUGCAUGUCGUAAUGGUGGAUACUGCAAAGAUAGGAAGGGUUGCUCGUGUCCUCCUGGGUACGCGGGUGUAUCGUGUGAGAAAGAUUUGUGCAUUGGGUAUUGCUAUAAUGAUGGUAUUUGUGUGCGAUCGUCAAUAAGUGGAAGCAAAAAUGAAAUUGAUUGUGUUUGUCCGGCUGGAUUCGGUGGCGCGCGUUGUGCUGAUGACUGGUGUCAUCGUAAUGAACAUCACUGUCUUAAUGGAGGGCAUUGUGUUCAUGAUUCGGCUCGUGGACCAAUAUGUAUUUGUCCAAGUAAAUAUCAAGGAGAGCGUUGCACUGAGAAACGAGAAUGCAGUGAUUAUUGUUUAAAUGAAGCAGAAUGUUACUCGAAAAAUGACCAAGAGUGGAUGUGCAUAUGUAAACCAGGCUACACAGGGAAGCGUUGUGAUAUUUUUGGUAAAUGUGCAACUAGUUGUGAGAAUGGCGCAAAAUGCCGAUUAGACGAGAAUCUUGGAGCAGUUUGCGAAUGUCCACGUGGACUUUCCGGAGCCAGCUGCAAUGAAAUCUCAGCUCGUACAUGUGCUGAAUUGACAUGCCAUAAUGCGGGUAGAUGUAUGACAGUGGCCGCUUCGAAAGGUGUCCGUUGUUCGUGUCCAGUUGGUUGGCGAGGUUUGGUGUGUGCAACUCCAGAAUGUCAUGGAUAUUGUCGCAAUGGCGGCACGUGUUUCAUCGCUGAACAGCGUGCUAUUUGCUCGUGUAGCAGUGCAUGGUUGGGUGAUCGUUGUCAGUUUCCGCGUUCAUCUGUUCAAAUUUCAAAGGCCGACGAGAGGACCGGAACAGCUGCAGAGGUGAUAAUUGUCGUAUUCCCAGUGGUUUUUAUCAUCCUGUUAUCAAUCGUUGUUCUUUAUUUGGUGGUUGUAAGGCGUCAAAGAUCUUCUCGUCAAUUUGCACAUUCACGAAUGCAAGAGAACGUUGUUGAUGCCGAUAUGGAUGAAUUUCAAAAUCCAGCUUUUAUGGCCGGUGAGGACGAAGGAGAAGAGGCUACGUCUGCUGGGGAUACAAUUGUUGUUAAUGAGGUUGACAUUUGA